CGUUUAGUGGUACACAGUGAAGGUUUUUAGUUGAUCGUGCGGAAAAGAAUACCUACUAAGCAGAUCUACCUCGGUGCAGCGCCCGUUGGCCAGAUGGCCACGGCUAACGAGUCCACAAUGGGUUGGCCUCCAAUCCAGAACGGCAACAACCUGAACCCGAACAGAAGAACGCUACAAACAUGGAUGGACCCCAAGAAUGAACACGGUCAGGUUGAAAUUCUGCAGCUGAAAGCGACACAAGGCGGAAAACUACCAAACAACCCCUUUAUUAUUUCCAAAACCAUCGAGAACACAGUGGGAAAGAUCGCAGCAGCCCACACGGAAGGAAAAGGAGAACGAUAUGUCCUGAAGGUGCGAAAUCAUGCGCACUUCGAAAAGCUGCAAACUGUAACUAAGCUCAUUGACGGUACCGACGUCCAGAUCAUACCCCACCCUACGCAGAACAUCGUGAAAUGUAUUGUCACUUGCCGGGAAGCCGAGACCUUGAGUGAAGAGGAACUACAACAAGAAUUGGAACAACAAGGGGUCCGAGCAGUACAUCGAAUCAAGAAGUUUGUCAACGGAGCACAAAUCGGAAAACCAACACUCGUCAUCACCUUCAAUGGAACUGUUGCACCAGAAUACCUGUUCUUUGGGCUCAUUCGUAUCAAAACAAGAACCUACUAUCAAUCUCCUCUGCUAUGCUACAAGUGUUUUGAUUACGGCCAUCCUAAAACGAAAUGCGCUAACCCCUCUCGUUGCUCCAACUGUUCCCAAUCUCAUGUGGAGGAGCUAGACAAGUGCCCCAAUGCUACUUUUUGCAAAAACUGCGAACAAGCCCACUCACCAAAAGACAAAAAGUGCCCUAUUUAUCUCAAAGAAAAUGCCAUUAUUCAUCUCAAAACAGACAAAAAUUGUACGUACAGCGAAGCUAAAGAGAUUUAUGACCAAGAAAACAGUACUGUUACCUUCGCAUCAAAGGUGCAAGAGAGAUUACAACAAGCGAGGGACGAAUCUGCAAAAGAUGAUGAGAUCAAAAAGCUAAAACUGGAAAUUGAAAAACUUAAGAGCAUAGCAAAAGAAAUCGUUGCAAUUAAAGGUCAAAACAUAAAGCUGCGAGAACAAUACAAGAAAAAACUGGAAGAAAAUUACAUUCUCACUAAACAACAAAACGAUACCCAAGCUACACCAGACAACACGAACCCGCCACUAGAUCCGUCACCUAAAACACCUGAAACAAAACCCAAGCCGAUUAACAAACGAUUACUAGGCAAAACAUCCUCGAUACCUAUUCAGCCUUCGAAAAAAAUGGUAACUUCUGAAGACGAACCCGACGUAAACAUCACCCUGGAAGACAACUCGGAAGACAGCCAAGUCCUCAUGGACGAAGAAAUGGCAGAUCGUGACCUAACAUCUCCAACACUUUAACAAUGGCCAGUACAGACAACUCCAACUCAAACGAUAACGACAACUUUUUGUAUAACUGGACGAAAUCCACUGAAAUUUGGAACAAAAACGACAACAAAAAAGACAAUCCUAAUUCAACGCAUAUACCCGGAAGUUGGUUUGGGUCUGGUGAAGAGAAAGUAACCAACCCACCUUCCCUUGGGAAGGAGAACGAUCGAUCAGACGGAA